GUGAGAUAAAUGCCCCUCAGUGAUCUCGCCACCAGAGCAGGGUGUCCAAUUUUUAAUUCUUUCCAUUCUUGUUCCGCCUCGCGCCAUGCAAGAUAGUGCUGCAUGGAGGCGCCCUGAACGCGGGCCAAAAGUUGGCCAUAAGAAAUCCCGAAACGGGUGCCGCAAGUGCAAGGGACGGCGGGUUAAGUGCGACGAGAGGCGACCUGUCUGCGGGAACUGUAACCGCCUCAACCUCGACUGUUCUUGGCCAGACCGUUCGUUUGUGUCAACCCGAUCGCAAUCUCCUGCUGCUCCUCCGAUCACCGGUAUACCCCGCCAGCCUCAAUCGCAACCAAGCCUCAUCUCCGAUGACAGCAGUGGCUCCCCCAGUUUGGGGCAUUCCCUACCGACACCGACGUCGCUCUUUGGGAGACCGUCUCCUCCAAGUCUCCAGUUUUUCUCCAGUUUCGACAAUCCCCCGUAUGCAGAGCUCCCAGAGUCAAGGGAACGUCGGCUAUUGGAACACCGACUGAUGCAUCACUAUACCACCAACAUGUCCCAUCUCGCUGCCCAAGCGAACAAGGAAUGGGGUGAGCUCUUUAAGCAAACCGUGCCAAUGCUCGCGCUGAAGAACGACAACCUCCUGAACGCCGUCCUGGCACUCUCGGCCAGCAGUCUCCUCCGGAUCGAGCCUGGCAACAUGGAGCUGUUCAAUGCCCGGCAGAGCUAUCUCAUAUGGUCGGUUCGGCACCAGCGCGCCACCCUGGACUCCCUGACCGCCGAGACAGCCGACCCUGUCUGCCUAACCUCGAUCCUCCUCCUGAUCUUCUCGUUCGCCGUGCUGCGCGAGCGGCCCCUGGAACCCUACACCGCACCGCUUGAGUGGCUGCACAUGGGCCGCGGCGCCGGGGCCGUGAUCGGCAUGAGCGCCAACACCAUACUGACAUCGGGAGAUGUCAAAGGCUCGGCCGUGCGCAUCGUGAUCGACUCGUACCCCGACUUCAGCGAGGACGAGGCAUACUUCGACCCCUCCAUGCGCCAAGGUUUGAACGGCAUCCUCGCCCAGGAGCUUCCGGGGUCUCGUGAGGUCCGGGACGACGAGACGCGCGAGGCGUACGAGAAGACGCUUAGCUACGUCGGCUCCAUCCAGAAGGCCAUCGACAACCGGGAAGCCGUGUACGCCCUCUGCCGCCGCAUCCAGGCGUUCCCCAUCAUGAUCCCCUCGAGGUUCAUCGCCCUCGUCGAGGAGCAGCGGCCCCGCGCCCUGGUCGUGCUCGCCCACUACUUCGCCGCCGUCGCACAGGUGCGCGGCGUGUGGUGGCUUGGCGCUGCAGAGGUCGGCUGGGAGGGCACCGCGGAGAGGGAGAUCCGCGCCAUCGGCAAGGCGCUGCCGCUCGAGUGGAUGGUCCACAUGGUGUGGCCGCUUGAAAUGGCUGAUCUGAGAUGAACUGCGGGCCUCACCUUGUCUGUCCCUGGGGUUCGUCUGUCUCUGACGGAACAUCACUCGAUCAAGGCCAGCAGCGUCGCGACA